CUAAAUUUCUGCUGUUGCUUCCUUUUGAUCUCGUUUUAAUCCUCUGGAGAUUGCGUGUUAUUAGGGUUUGUUUUUGGUGUUUGAUCGCCUCUCCCGUCGAUUCAACGGCCGCGCGGGAUUGAAAUCGUCGCCGGGAGCUGCAUCUCAAAUCGCCUGGCGCUUUCCCCCUUUUGCUUUCUUGAUUGACGACCGUGAUCGAGCGCGGAAAAGGGCAGCUCCGGCCAUGGCGGAGUUCCGACACAGGGAGGCCGAUCUGGAGUUCCGGUGCGGACUCGAAGAGCUCGUGCGCGGCCACUUCGACGGCUGCAUGGGCACCGGGCUCUCCUCCUCCUGCGCGGCGGGGGGCGGCGAGGAGGAGGAGGAGGGAAAUACGAUCGAGGCCGAGCAGCUCGCUGCCCGAAGACGCCGCAGGUCCGAUCUUGACGGCGACGACCUCGCUGAGUCCUCGUCCGCGGCGCGCCGACACUCGAGAGUGUUCAGCCGGUGGGUCGCGCGCCAGGCUGAGGAAAUGAUUACCACCAUGGAGCGGCGGAACCGCGAGUCUGAGCUGAUGGCGCUGGCAGGUCGCCACCCUGUGUCCAUGCUCGAUCCUUCCUUUCUCAGGGAGUCCCGUAGGUCGCCGUCGGCUGUCACCGCGGUGGAACGUCCGGUUGUUUCUCGUGCGUCGUCGAUGCUGCAGAUGUGGCGGGAGCUCGAGGACGUGACGGCUGCUGCGAGGGCGGAGCGUAGGAGCACCGCGGCAGUGUCUGCACUUCGUGAUCGGCUUCCUUUGGAAGGCCGGAAUGAGCUGGAUGGCAGCUCGGUUACAGCAAGCGAGAGUGAGUAUCCUGGAUACGCACAGUGGGCUCACGGACAUACAGACUCCUCUUCUAGACGGGGUCCAGUGGAUGAGGAUGAUCGGGGAUCAAGUCGGGAACAAUCUCCUGACCUUGAUGACGCGGUAAGGGAGAGGGUGCGACAGAUAGUACGUGGUUGGAUGACGGAGAGUGAGAUUGCAGAAUCAGCAUCUAGGAUUGCCCGCAGUAAUGAGACGCCGAGGGCGCAUGGGCUAGGGGAACUUGAAAGGGAGAGAGUGAGAUUGGUGAGAGAGUGGGUGCAGAUGACGAGUCAGCAACCGAGAGAAAGCCGUGCUAGUCGGAGGGAGGAAAGGCAGAGGGAAAGAAAUGAGUCUGUAACUGAUGGCCAUCCUGAGCUUGUGAGAAGGGAAUUGCUGGGGUUGCGGGGCAGACAAGCUCGACUUGAGUUGAUCACGAGGAUGGCAUCGGAAAGGCAGAAUGAGCUCCAGGCAUUAUCAGAGCAUCAUGCAGUUUCAGGAUUUGCUCACCGCAAUCGCAUUCAAGUAUUGCUGAGGGGACGAUUUUUAAGAAAUGGUGUAAUGACAGAUGACCAAGAGAGGUCACCAUCAAUUGCAGAAAGAGAAUUAGGUCAGUUGAGGCAACAUCAUCAUGUCUCUGGUCUAAGAGAGGGUAUUUACUUUCAAUUAGAGAAUUCUGUUCAUGAUGAAGCAACAAGCCAGCCUUAUUCUUCAGCCAAUGAAAGCUUUUCUGUGACAGAUCAAUUUCUAGCCAGUACUGGAACAUAUUUAUCUAGCAUCAAUACUGAGGAGGCGACUCAAUCUAGUGAGGAUAUUAACAUUAACCAAACAGUAGAGAGAGAAGAGAUGCUUGGGUUGGAGAGUAAUCAUCAUGUUGAAACUCAUGAUAUUCAGGAAACUCCUGCUGAUGUAGCUGAGCAACAAGAAGAUACUGGUCAUGAUAGAGUUGGCUGGGAAUCAAAUGAUGUUGUUACUAUAGUUGAUUGGCCUGAAGAAACCAGGGGAACCCUUGAGGAUAUGGAUUUCAAUGCAAACUGGCAGGAAAACAUGGAUCAGGAUUGGCCAUUGGAAACCACUGGGUAUGAUAUUGGAGAAGACAGUCCUCUACAUGAAGCUCAUGAAGAAUGGCAUGAGGAUGAACCUCCUAAUACUGCCGAAAACUGGCAGGAUGAACAGGAAGAUCCUGCAACAAAUCGAAGGUCUAGUCCUAUUAGACGAGUCAACAGAUUUAUCCCUCCUGAUGAUGAACGUGUAUACAGUAUGGAGCUUAGGGAACUCCUUAGUAGGAGGAGUGUUUCUAACCUUCUUCAUAGUGGAUUUCGUGAAAGUUUAGACCAAUUAAUACAAUCCUAUGUUCAACGACAAGGCACAACUCCAUUUGAUUGGGAUAUAGGCAGGCCAUUGCCUAUCAUUACACCAGAAGAAGAUGGGGCUGAGAGAAGAGAUGGUCAAACUCGGGCUACUAUGAGGUCUAAUGUGUUUCCACCGCCACGUUUGCCAUCAAGACCACCACUUUGGCACUCCAGGACUCAUAUGAACAAUUGGGUUAGGCGAAACAUGCAUCGCUCAGAAAUUGAAUGGGAUGCUUUCAGUGACUUAAAGGCAGAAAUUGUUAGGAUGCAACAGGGAAUGAAUAAUAUGCAAAGAAUGCUGGAAGCUUGCAUGGAAAUGCAAGUGGAGUUACAACGUGCAGUUAGACAGGAAGUCUCUGCAGCUUUGAAUCGGUCUUAUGGCAAAGGCUGCAGUGAGGAAGCACUUAUUGAUGGAUUCAAAUGGAAUCAAGUUGGAAAAGGGAUCUGCUGUGUCUGUUGCGAUAACCAUAUCGACUCUCUUCUUUACAGAUGUGGCCAUAUGUGCACUUGCUCAAUGUGUGCUCAUGAGUUGGUCAAAGCUGGAAGUAAGUGCCCCUUGUGCCGCGCACCUAUUGUCGAGGUCAUCAGGGCCUACUCGAUCAACUAGCAUAAGAGUUUCGCUGUGCCAAAGGGGAGUGAGCUUCUGCUUCCAGAAUUUUGUGAAUUGUAAAUGCUCCAUUAAUUCUGGUUAUUUGGUGUUUCCUUCUUCGUUUUGUUGUUUCUCGAUGAUGCCCUUGGAGCCGCAGAACCGUUACGAGUGGACUUCUCAAAAUUUGCACCUAUUGUGUAAGCUCAAACGAUAAAAAUUGAGGUAUACAUCUCCUAUACUAUUCUUUUGUUA